CAUGUCCAUGGGUCGGCUCGGCCACUUAGCCGCGAUGCGGAGGUGGAGAUUGGGUCUAGGCGUGGGGCGAGGGCGAGAUCGGGUGCGCGCGUGGAUGGAUAGGUAAUGUCGCUAUGUCCGGCGAGGCGGGGAGCAAGGCCGCAAUGGUAAUGGUAGGAGGCGGCGCAGGAGAGAGCUAUCCCGAGUGGAGUGACUACUACCUGGCCCUCUACUUUGCGCUGGCCUUCCCGCUGGGACGCUGGCUUUUGGAUGCCUUGGUUUACCAGAGGCUGGCGGCGUGCUUCAUUUACCCGAGGAAGGUGAAGGACCGGAAGAAAAAGCUGCUCAAGGCCACCGAGUCCAUGUGGAAGCUAACAUACUACACGGCGUCGGAGGCAUUUGCGCUGUAUGCGACGGCGAGGGAGCCGUGGUUUGCCAGCAGCCACGGCUAUUGGGAGCGAUGGCCCGGCCACACCAUGACGCACGAGCUCAAGCUCCUCUACACGUUCCAAGGUGGCUUCUAUGUGUACAGCGUUGCCGCGCUCCUCGUGUGGGAGACGCGGAGGAAGGACUUCAGCGUUAUGAUGACGCACCAUGUCAUUACCAUCGUCUUGAUCGCCGGCUCCUUCAUCACCGGCUGCUUCCGGGCGGGCUCGCUGGUGCUGGCCCUUCACGAUGCCAGCGACGUGUUGCUCGAGUCCGCCAAGCUGCUCAAGUACUCGGGCAGCGAUGUCGGGGCCAGCAUUGCGUUUGCCUUGUUUGCGCUCUCGUGGCUCCUCCUCAGACUCAUCUACUUCCCGUUUUGGAUAAUCUGGAGCACCAGCUACCACUGCAUGGAGUUCCUCGACUUCCGGAACGUCAAGACGGUCAAGAUCUACUAUGUCUUCAACACCAUGCUCAUGUCGCUGCUGGUGCUCCACGUCUACUGGUGGGUGCUCAUCUGCCGGAUGGUGUUGAGGCAGCUCCAGAACAACGGCACCGUGGGGGACGAUGUAAGAUCAGAUUCCGAAGACGACUGAGGAGCGAUCCAAUCCAGCUCUCAAGAUUGUGUCCCCCCCUCUCAAUAUCAAACACUGAUAUUGGUUUUUGAUCGGCUAGAGAUGAUGAUACUCACUCUCUGUACAUAUCAUGCAUGGCUUUUUAAUGACUUUGCGAGGAUCACUCAAACACAACACA